GAGUACAAGAGCGGCGACCUCGCCACCCAGCGAACAAUCUUGGCCAACCUGUCGAAGUACGGUGUGCAGAAGGCCAUCUUCGAGAAGGAGGGCAUCGACACCAGCGAGCUCACCCCGGAGCAGGUGGACGAAGUCUUUGAAGACAUCUUGGCGGCUAAUGCACAGGCUUUCGGCUACGAGAGAAAGGUGCAGAAACACGGGAAGUACAGCGUCUUGGACAAGUUUCUCUUCAAGGUCUCCGAAGGGCAGACGAACGACACCAACACUUCCAAGAUGGUGCAGCAAGUCGCCAUCGCCAACAAUAUGAAGAAAGGCCAGGAGAAAGCAAUGAAGAU